UGUGUUCCUGUAUUUACGCCGAGAAAUAAUGGAGCAACAGUGGUUGUAGUUGGCGAUCCUUUGCCGCCAAAGCCGCCGCCACCUCCGACAGACCCUCCCCUGUCGCUGACGACCAACGGAUCGACGGUCGUCAUUUCCGGUCCCCGACCCGUGUGCAAAAAGGUGUCGCUCAAACGUCGUCCCCCGGUCAACAACAAGUCCUGGGCGAGACGUUGUCUCGAGAAAUCCGAGUCUCGCAACAGUUCUAUCGGACGAAGUCAAAGCCAUAACCAUUGUCCCUCAUCUUCACCUUCGUCUCAUCCUUCACCAUCGGCCGCCACUUUUGGUUCCCCCAUCUGGGUCCAGUCGCCCUUGUCACCCUCAUUGAUUACUCUCAACGGAGAUCAUCAUCAUCAUCAUAAUAAUAAUAAUAAUCAGCAGCAACUAAAGCAGGAAGCGACGCCGUCGAGACUGGAUUCUCUGUCGUCAUCGUCUGUCGUGGCGGCGAACAGUUCGCCUCGGGCGAGGGCUUUGUCUCACGGCGAGAUGGACGCCGGAACCUCGUCGCGAUUCGGCGCCCGGAAGCUGGGCGUGUUCAAUAAAGCGGAAAUGCAGGCGGCGGUGGUGACGAAAGAUGAGAAACGACCGCCGUUGCCCACAGCUGCCAAAGAUCGGAUUGCCGGACUGAAUCUCUCCAUUCAAUCCAUGGUCGAGAAGGCGAGGAAGCGGGUGAAUUUCUCGAAGGCCGUUUCAGGCGAUUUGUCACCCGGAGGUAAAACGGGCGGAAUGCCGCUGUGCAAGGCGUCCAGUUCCCCUAUGAUCACCGUGGGUUCGGGAUUGAAGACCCCGACAGCUGGCAACGAAACCAGUUGUCGGACGCCGUCGUCGAGCAGCAGUGGCGCCGAAGACUCGGACCUGACGAACGACGACGAGGACGACAGCGAGAAAGAAGACAACAGCAUCACGUCGCCGUUGAGCUUCACCGAACUUCGGUUCAUGCCUGAAAAGCCACUCGAAAAUGUGCGUCCAGAAUCAGCAUGUCUCCGUCGACUCGAAAAACCGAGACCGAAAUCACGUGAAACUUCCUGGGAAUUGAAGUACGAACAACUGGAACGAUGGAAAGAACGAGAGCGGGUUGUCGAGAAUAGGAAGAAUUACGUGAGACGAGUUUCUCGAACGGUGAGCUCCGUGUAUCGGAAAAACUUGUUGACUGGUUGCAACAAUCGGGUCUUCGACUGUCUACUCGUCAUUGGGCUGUAUCACGAUGCCCGACGUGACGUUUACAAGCCGUACGUGCGGAAAGCUUUUCCUCAGGAUGCGAGCUACCCUGAGAACAUAGCGAUGUUUUGCUUCCCGGAUGCGUGCAAUUGGCGCCGGAAGACGGGAGGCGCCGAACUGAGUCGUGACAUUUCAACGUGCAACUCGUAUUCGAUCGUGUUGACGAGUGACAAGGGCGAGCGAACGUUCGGCUAUUGCCGUCGUAUCGUUCCCGACAGCCAGGAGAACAGCACUCCGUUGGCCUACUGCUUGCUGUCGAAAAUCCGGGCUCACGGGUUCUAUGACAAGCUCAUGACCGUGUUAACAAGUCGACACGGAACAACGGAUGGUCAAAUGCAAACUUUCCUCACUCUGGUUGCGCGAAAACAGAUGCCUUCGCCUGGUCAGUCCAUCAGCUUGCCGUCCAUCGGUGCCGUCUUGAGAAAUGCUUCGCCGGACGUGAGCCCCACGCUGCAGGUCAUCAAUGGUCAUCAUGCUUCCCCCAGUAUUAACAGCUCAUCAUCGCCGAAUAACGGAAACGCGAUGAUUACCAGAGCACUUGACGAGCGGCUGGAGGAGUCGGACAUUGCGGCACUGGUGGAGACGCUUGACCAC